UUCAAUAUCCUGUCCACGUGUCCCGGAAAAAACAAGUGGAUUUGUUUUUUUUAUGAAACUCCAUGGAGGCUGAGGACCUUUACAUCAAACCAGGAAACCAUGAAAGAGGCUGGAAUGACCCUCCACAGUUCUCCUAUGGUUUGCAGACUGCAGCACAAGGUGGACCCAAGAGAGCUCCUCUCAACAAGAGAGUGCCUCCCCCUCAACUCACUGGUUCCCUAUGUCCGGUAUCAAGAGCUACUCCAAUGAUUCCAUUUUCUCCUCCGUCUAACCCACUGGCCCCUCCUCCGUGUAGUAUGAACACACCCCUUCAGUCGUGUCUGGUUGCAGCCCCUCCCAUUAGUGGUAUGAUGAUGGCCAUGCCUCCACCACCUUGCCCUGUGGUCGAGCAGACUCACUCCGCCAGUGGCCAAUCAGAAAGUGAGCCAGAUGUCGACGAUGUAGUCGCUCUUCUCAAUUGGGCACUGGCAGCUUGUCGACACACAGUAAAAAAACAGGUGUGCGAUGACGUGGCCAAGCGCCUGAAGCUCUUUGAGGACAUGUGGAAAUCUGGGAAGCUGUCACUUCCUGUUAGGCGAAGAAUGAACGGACUUGUGCAAGAGUUGAAGAGCCGUAACUGGGAUGCUGCUGAUGAGAUCCACCGCGCUCUGAUAGUGGACCAUGUGAAUGAGGUCAGCCAAUGGAUGGUAGGGGUUAAACGCCUCAUCGCUGAAACACGCAACUUAAACCCAGAUCUUCUGCACACACCAGAAGCAGACCCGAUCAUAGACAACCGCAGCACGGCUGACUCUGAAUAGAUAAACACUUCGGGAACAUUUCUGUUUGGUGGUGGAAUUGUGCACCGGCACUUUAUCCAUUUGUCUUUUCUUUUGGAGGCUCUACGGUUUAGCCACAUUAUGCGGGAGCAGGCAGUGAAAGUAUAGGGAACAUUCAAAAAUGUUUGACUGCAACGACCCUUUUUGUCUAGCCAUCACUGAAGUUUCCUACAUCCGUGUUUACACUGACAUUGUUGGUGUUUGAUACAACCUACUCCAUCAUGUGAUAUCAGAAGCGUCAGUUAGUGAACAUUAAUCUGGGCCGUUCUCUUUUUCUUUGAAAUCAUGUAGAGUGCAAACUCUGAUGUGUGCAGGAUUUUGCUGGGGCUAGGAUUAAGAAUAAGAUUAAGAACAUUUAGGGCUGGUUUCACAGACACAGAAUAAAGCUAGUCUAGGCUUAAACAACAAGCUCAAUGGAGUUUUCUAUAGAACUUAAUUUAUUUUUUUGUCCUAGAGGCAAAAUCCUUGUUUGCGAAACUGGCUCUUAUUCAUCCAAUUGUACCCAAGGUCCAAUGAGGGGCUAAUAGUUGAGCAUAUAGUUUAGUGAUGGAGUGCUAUUUCUCUAUGAUUUGUCACAUCAUCAGGCAUAUGAGAAGAGGGAGGAUUGAUAUUAAAUCAAACCGUUAUCUCCACCACUCAACCCUUUAGUUCACAAGGCGACAUGGUGCAUUGUCCUCAAAGACUCUCUUCCAUGAAUCAUAUGGUAUAUUUGAGUUAUUAGUUUUCCAAGGUAAAGUGGAUGAAGUGGUUCUAUCACCUUAGCAUAGAGUAGGAUUCUGUGAAAACCCAGAAACCCUGAUGUAGCCCCCAACAUGAACUUUGCAUAUUCAUAAGAGCAAUAAUAGCACGAACAUUGUUUAAUCCCAUGAUUUGCUUCUGUGGGCAAUUGCAUCUUUGAAUCUUGAACACGGUAACACCAAAUAAACAGAAUUGUGGUGGAAGUAUUCCUUGUUAAUUUUUUGGGGGGGUGGGUGGGAUAGGGGGUUAUCCUACAGUGGGUCAAUGUGAUAUUGUCAUGAACUGUUAUUUCUGUCUGUGAGACUGUCAUGUCAUGUUCAGUGCUUCCAGCUUCUGAAUUAUCUACCCUGAUGGAGACUGAUGUCAAUGCCCACACCCACCUAUAGGUGGCGACAUAGCCCUACUUUGUGUUUCCUUUCUGAAUGAGGAAAGCGCCCUUUCUGAGACAGGUAGACACUUGAUGUCUUAAUCUUGUAGCGAGAGAUAAAGACGCUGUUUGUCACUGCUACAGGCAACUACAAUGAAUGUGAAUUUAUUAAAGCGUUUGUCUCCCGUC